UGAUUCAUGAAUUUUGCCUGAUCGCGCAGUAUCUAUCUUAGUCAAUCUAUCGUGGCCGAGCGAUCAGGUGCAAUUCGGAGCUUUAAGAAAAGAUUUCAUAAAAUUGAAGAAUUUCACUUCAUAAUUUGAUUGUAACAAGAGAGAAAAACAAGAAAGAUGCCGCGACGUGGACGUGCCGCAGCUCCUCCACCCCGAACUGUAAGACCAACCGCACCUCCACCAUCCCGGGUGCCAGCACCUGCCCCUGCCUCGGCGACGUCACCCAUGGUGGCCCAACCGCAGCAGCCAUCCCUUAUGGGUCAGAUGGCUGCCACUGCUGGUGGAGUUGCCAUAGGAUCCGCUGUGGGUCAUACCCUUGGUCAUGCCAUGACUGGACUCUUCAGCAGCAGCGAGACUGCUGCUGCCCCUGCUGCACCAGAGGUUGCUGCCACUCCAGGUGCUCCCGCGGCUCCGGCCGCCGGUGCCUGUUCCUGGGAGGUCAAGCAGUUCUUAGAAUGUGCCCAAAACCAACCAGACUUGAGCCUUUGCGAAGGUUUCAAUGAGGCACUUCGUCAAUGCAAAGUCGCCAACAAUAUUAUGUAGAUUGAGAUAUGGUGAAGUCUAGGAAAAAUUCAAGUAUGUGCUCUAUGAUCCUAUAGACUUCCUAAUAAAAUUUCUGUUUAUUUUUACUGUUGUACACACUGAUAAAGUUAAUGUAAGAUGAAAUAGUUCUGGAUAGAUCCAUAUGUUUUAAGAUACAAUUCUAGGAUGCAAUAAAUUAUGCUUGUUUAAAAUCUAUAA